UGGACCCACCACGCCUCCCCACCCUCCCUCACCCGCACCUUCCUCUUCCCCACCUUCAAGUCCGCCAUGUCCUUCAUCACCCGCGUCGCCGACCUUGCCGCCCGCGAGCGCCACCAUCCCGAGUGGGCGAACGUCUAUAACCGCGUGAUGGUGCGCUGGGUGACGCAUCGACCGCGCGAUGGGCCCGAGGGUCCGAGGGUCACGGAGCUGGAUGUCCGGGUGGCGAGGGAGUGUGAGGAGAUUGCGGGGGAUGUGGGGUUG